CGAUUGAAGGAUUGAGCAUCACUGCGCAACAUGCAACCAAGUGAACAUGUUGCUUUUAUGCAUGACGGAAUCGAUUGUAUUCGCCGUGCAGAGGCAACGCGAUCCUCUGAUUAAUUAUUGUAGCGAGUGGGGUAUCCUGCUGAUAAUCGAGUCGCACGGCCGUUAAGAUUCUCCACGGUCGCAAAAGGUUCCACAACCGUGACACUGUGUUACAAUAAGUAUCAUAAGAAAACCAAAUUUUAUUAUACGUUUGACAGUAUUGUAUCGAGUGCCAUCCAGAAGAGAAUCCUUUGACUCGCGUUUUUCAACUGUGUUUCAACUGCAUAUUUAACGUUAUUAAGCAUGAUAUCGUUCUUCGAUUCAUCCUAUCGCAGAUUACAUCGUAUAUAACUUUUAUGUGGAGCAAAUGAUAUUUAAGAUAGGUUGUUGACUUUAAUACUUGAUGUGUCAUCAAAGUUUCCUUUCUUUUAUCCCUUCUUUUACGUAAGACAGGUAAUUUGUCAUUUGUCGUUGUUUAUUAUAGUUUUCGGAAUUGAUAAUGUCUCUCUCUUUCUUGUCCCAAAUUUUAAAGAAUGCCUUGGUCGAAUUAAAGAAUUGAACAAAUGCGCUAUGCUGCAAGCAAAAAUUGAAAUUUCAAUCGAGGAUAUUAUCUGUGUCUCACAAUUUUUCUGACGAUAGAAAAUAAGUUGAUAUAAAAAUAAAAUAAGAAUUAUAGGUAAAAAUCAAUUGUUGCCUGUGUAAAUAUUCUUAUAUAAAAAUGUGAUUUUGUAACUUGUAGUAACGAUAUGUUGUUGCGUUGACUGGAAAAUCUGUGUCGAUCCUUUUAGUAAUGUUAACUUGUAUUAAUUCUUAAAGAGAGUUUUGCGUUUUAAUUUUUCUAAAAAGGACCUUUCAAUUCAGUAGAUGUCAAUAUUAUGUACCAUUUGGAGAUAUAAUUAUAUACUAUAAUUAUUGUUAUCAUGUAUCGUUUAUUAAUUGAUUAAUUUUGUCACGUUAAAUACAGCAGAGACAGGUGCGGCAGUAAUCACAGAAAAGUAUACGUUACUUGUUACUCUGAAGAUUUGAUUUGUGCUUCAAAGAUAUAUAUAUAUAUUUUUUAUCCUACUGAUUCACUUCUUUAUAUAAAAAGUUACAUUUAAAAGUCUAAUCCUUGCAUACAGUUCCAAGUACAUGUUUGUUUACUUUAAGUUAAUAAGAUAAAUUAAUUUUAAUGCCAUAUUCGUUGUUUCAGCUUCACUUAAGAUGGUGAAAUUAUAUGCAUUGACUGUUCUGUAUAAAAGUCCGACAUCAGCGAUGACAUUGAAGGCUGCUUACGAUGUGGAGUCCUUCUCGUUUUUUCAGAGGAACAGCAUUAAGGAAUUCAUGUGCUUUGUGAGUAAAACCAUUGUAGAGAGAACUCAGACAUGCGCCAGACAAAGUGUCAAGGAAGGAGUGUUGAUUUCGGAUCACGAGUAUCCUAGAAGAGUGGCGCACACUCUAAUCACGAAGAUGAUGGACGAGUUUGCGAUGAAACAUCCCUCGUCGACGUGGCCUACAUUGAAAGAAGCUACCACUGACUUUUCACAAAUUAACACGUACUUGGCCAAGUAUCAGAAUCCAAUUGAGGCGGAUGCGAUCACGAAGAUGCAGAACGAUUUAGACGAAACAAAAAUUAUUCUGCACAAUACGUUAGAGGCAGUACUGCAGAGAGGGGAAAAACUAGACGAUCUAGUCUCCAAGUCGGAGGGUCUCAGCGCCCAGUCAAAAGCGUUUUACAAGACGGCACGGAAAACUAAUUCCUGCUGUAGUUUAGCCCCUUAGAAUGUCAGCAUCUUUCUUGUUUUGUAUAGUGAACUUUGUCGUUUCGAUAUUUCGAUAAAUGUGACUUUGUAUUCCUUGCUUUGUAUUGAAAUCAUACGACGCAUAUUUAUACAAAUUAUUGCAAGUAAUUGCGGAUAAAGGAGAAACAGAGAGCAAGGAUUUAAGAAGUGAAAUAUAACGAGAAGGUAUUUAAUUAUCAAGAUCUUUUGAUGAAACGUAUUAUAAUUCGUUCAUUUCCUAAUUGAGUAACGGGCAAAAGCAAACCACUGCCGGUUUCUCUUCAUAAUUAAUGAAUUAAUGAAAUUUUUGUACGUUUGCUGUAUGCCUGUUAAAAAUUGUCUAGUUACGACAAACGGUCCUACGUUGCAAGUGCGUGGAAAAAACCGCACUAAUAAUCCCUGGAAUAUCAAAAAAAUGCCUCAAAAUCACAUUCCGACUGUUUGUCUACUCUUUUUACGUGUGCAAAAUGUAAAUGCAAUAUGAAAAAGUUUAUCAUAAAUAAUCUACGGAUCAAUAGAUACAUAACGUGAUAAAAAUAACUGCAUCUGGACGAGCGACACACGUCCGUCCACACGAUUAAGUUUUCCACUCGUUUUAAAAAUAAUCGUAAAAUAAUAAACAAUUUUCCUUUUUACGUUACACUAACAGAACUUGUGUAAUCUUAUGCGCAUAACUCGUAAAUUAUACAAAUUUCAAAAUUUUAGAAUUUUACUAUAAUAAUAUGAAAAUUUUAUCACGCGUAUUAUUAUAUCCAAAUAGGACGAAUGUUAUACAGAUAUUAAAAAGAGGAUUGUCUAAUAAUUUUAUUUAACAUAUUUGUGGUAUAUAUAAAUAUGCAGACCAAUCCUUCCCAUUUUUUACAUUGCUGUAUUUAUAGACGAGUUAUAUAAAAAUAAAUAUCCAACAGAUUAUAUGUUAAAUAUAUUUCAUGGAGGUAACGAUGAAGGAAAGAUAGAUAAUCAUAAAGAUGAAUGAUGAAGCUUGGAAUUACUCAUUUGAACUCCCAGUAUAAAAAGUCAUUAUCUUGACAAAAGAAAAAAA